AUGGCUCAUCGAAUUUCAAAAGAAGAAUUAGAUGAGCAGUUUGAAGAGUUUCUGAAAGAGUCUCUUUCAGAUGAUUCACUUGGAAAUUCAAAGAAAAAAUCCAGCAUUCUUGAGACAUUGGGACAGCCCAGGAAAAAAGAAACAAAGAAAAAGGAUUCAGUGCCGUGGUGGAUAUCUGAGGAAGAUUUGGAUGAUGGAAUGCUUGGAACCAAUGGAAGCUUUGUCAAGAUACAGAACACUUCACAGCCUAUGGGGGAAACUGAUGAGAACAUGCAUGUGGAAAAGAUGCAGCUUCAGAAAAGUGAUGGGGUUGCUGUCUGCUUAAGUAGAGACAGUCUGGAGACAAAUGAUUCAGUUUUAGCUUCUGAGCCUAAUCAAAGUAUCGUGGGAGCUGGAUUGGAUACCUUGGAAGAACAAGAAGAAAAAGAGAUCUUUUUUGCCAAACUCGAACGAGAAGCUUCCUCUACUAUUGAUUAUUCAAGAUUAAAUAAAGAGCUGGAUUCCAAUGAUUCUGUAUUACUAGCACCAUUUAUACGAAAGGAAGAAACAGAAAAAGGAGAAGAGGAAUCCACACAUGAAGAGAAAUUUGGCAGCUACAGUGAAGAUUUUGAAGAACAAACAGAUCCUAAUCCUGCCUUUAAAACUGAGGAAAGUCAGGUGAAUCAAAACAUCGUGUCAGGAGUUGAUUUAAGUCCUCAAGAACAGGAAGAAGCAAAGACUGGCAUGCUGGCUCAAGUUGUAUUACUUGAUUCACAAGAUUCAACUACAGAACUUCAAAAGGCUGUUGAAACAUCAGAUGUAGCUCUAGGUGAACAUUAUCUGCCUGAAGAAGUCAGUGGAAUUGAAAUGAAUGAAGCAGGCACUUCCUAUGGACAAACCACCAGUGACAUCGAAGCGUUACACCAAGCAUACCAUCAUAUUGAUCAGUCUUUGGGAGACACUGAUGAGCAAAACCUGCACAAUUCUGCAAUGGCAGUCUCAGAAUGCUUACUGCAAGGUGUUUCACAAAAUAAUGACAUCUAUUCAAAAAACAUGUCAACUGUUGAAUCAGAUUUACCUACUGUGGAAGAAUUGAUGAAACCAAUUAAAGGACAUUCAUGUAAUAUCAGAAGUUUUGAUGUGGAGCCUGAAAGUCCUGUGAAACUGGUAGGCAGCACAGCAAAUGACUUCGUCAGCCACUUGCCCUUUAAAGAGCACCAGAAUAACACAGUCUGGGAGACAAACUUACUUGAAAAAUUUAACAGAGAAGAGAGAAUUUUUCUGCAGACAGCUGUGAAUGACAAUAACUUCCAGAAGGUGACUGAGAAAGAAAUUCAGGCCAGUGAAGUACAGCCUGACGUACUAAGAGAAAAAAUAGUACAAGACUCUCUGCUUUCACAAGACAGCAAAACUAAACAAGCUCUUCAGUCUUGUUCCUUGAAGAAUGAAAGAUCAGAAUCAAUGACAACUAAACCAAUGUUAUACAAGAAUAUCAGAAGUCCAGCACCUUUACAUAAAAAGAAAUCUUCAUAUGGUCCUCAUGGGGUGGUUAGAAGUUCUGGGUAUGGGAAACCCACUUCCCUCUCAAAACAGUCUUUUCCGGUUAAUGAAAAGAAAACACCAAAAGAAACUUUCAAAAAGACGAGUGUGAAAGCCAAAAGUCCUGCAGAUAGAGCAAGAUCUAAAGAAGGCUUAUUUGCUACUAGGAUAAUAAGAUCUGCAACAAAUGAACCAGCUUCAAAGGGAAGUAUUAACAGAGUUAUGUCUGGCCAAUCAGUUGUCAAUAAUCUUGGACAUCAGGCUGUGGAUUAUUGCAGGCAGUAUCAGCAUGAUUUAUCAUUUUCUCCUAUCAAAAGUUGUGAUAGAGAACUAUAUUUGCUAAAACGAGUACAAGUUGCAGAGGAGGACCUGAACACAGCUCGUGACUUGAUUCAACAGCUAACCAGCACGGUUUCACAAAAAGAGAAAGAAAUAGAGACAAAGACAGUAGAAUUGAAAACACAGCAUGAAAAAGAGCUUUCUCGGUUGGGUCAGGAAAACUAUGUUCUUCAGAGUAAGUUAAGAAGUAUGGAAGAGCUGAGUGAAGAGAAGAGAUGGACCCAUCAUAUGGCAACAAUUCCUGUCACUGAAGAAAAACUGGCACAAAUACAAAAAGAAAUUGAAAAUCAAGAGGUCAUUAUUCAAGGUUAUCAACAGGAAAAUGAGAGGUUAUACAAACAAAUGAAAGAGCUACAAAUCCAAAACAAAAAAAAUGAGGAACGAAUGUUUAAGGAGAAUCAGUGUUUAAUGUCUGAAUUAAUAGCCCUAAGAGAAAAGAUAGAGAAAACUAAUACCCAGUCACGAAUCGUGCAGGAUUCUGAACCAGUCAGAAAUCAGAGUUUCACAGAAUUGAUUUCAGAGCUUCGAGCAGCACAGAAGGAAGAAACGAAAUUACAAGAAGAGAUAAGACGUCUCAAACAAGAUAAGCAAGCUCUUGAGGUAGACUUGGGACAAGCAAAGAAGGAGAGAGAUUUAGCAAAAGUCCAGAUUGCAUCCACAUCAGGUGAGAAGUCUUACGAAUUUAAAGUUAUGGAAGAAUCAUACAAACAGGAAAUUACUCAUUUAAAAAGACGACUUCAGUGGUAUGCAGAAAAUCAAGAUCUUCUGGAUAAAGAUGCAGCCCGUCUUAAAGAUGCAAGAGAAGAAAUUGAGAAACUAAAACUGGAGGUCGAGAAGCUCAGAGCUGAAGCUGGAGAUCAGUGUGCGCAACAGAAGAAACGUUUGCGAGACAGAGCAGCAGAUGCUAAAAGAAUUCAGGAUCUUGAGCGACAAAUCAGAGAAAUGGAAGGAAUUCUAAAAAGAAGGUAUCCAAAUUCUUUGCCAGCUUUGAUCUAUGCUGCUGCUGCUGCUGACAAAACUAAUGAUCUCUCAGCUAAAACACACACAGUCGAUUUUUUGGAGAGAAGAAUAAAAAAGUUAGAAACGGAACUUGAGGGUAAAGAUGACGAAGCUAAAAAAAGUCUCCGUACCAUGGAACAACAAUUUCAAAAAAUAAAGAUACAGUAUGAGCAAAGACUUGUAGAGCUUGAGCAACUACUUGCCUACAAAUUUAUGAGUGAAUCACCAAAACUGAAUGGUGGUAAAGCCAGUUCUACAGAACUUGAACAGGAGCUUCAGAAUCUAAAGAAGACCCAUCAGAUCACUGUUAAAAACCUCCAGACAGAAAUUGAAAACCUUAAAAGUCAAAAUACCCAAUUAAAACCUAGAAGUAAAAAGGAUAAUAAAGCCUUAGAGUCCACAGACUCUCACAUGAAACAAGGUAACACAAAAGACAGACUGUUAAAACUAAAUGAAGAACUGGUCACCAAAAAUAGAGAAAUACAAGACCUUACAAAAACUGUAGAGAAACUUCAAAAAGAAAGGAUGGUGAUGUUGUCUGAUAAUAAUUUGAGAAAUAAAACCGAUAAUAAGGAAAACUCUACAGAGAUCUUGAAAAAGAAUACCUCAGCAACAGAUAAAAGGAAUUCCAGCAACAGUGAACCCCUUCUAAGCAUUUUCAAUGAUGACAAAAUAUACCAACCACAUACCUUCUCUGCUUCUAAUCUCUCGGAAGUUCUGCAAGAAAAUGCACAGCUGAAAGAGGAGCUAGAGAGAUUGUCUCUAGAAAUGAACCAGCAGAGGGUGAAGUCUCAAGCAACACUGGCUUAUUCUGAAAAUAACAUACGAAGGGUACAGGAAGACACAGCAGAAUACAUUGCAUCUCUGAAAGCUUCCCAUCAGAGGGAAGUGGAGAAGAUUCUUUGCCAGCACGCAAGGGAGCAUUCUACUUCUAAAGUAGCUGAACUAAGCAGCAGAAUUUCAACACAAGAGAUAUUAAUAAAACAUCUCCAAGAACAAAUCAGUAAACAACAGAGACAUCAGGAAGCCCUUUUAGUUUCACAGAUGCGAGAGGAACUCCUACAAAAAGAGGUGACAAAACUGUUGGAAGAACUGAGAGAGGCUAAGGAGAGCCAGAGUCCUGAAAUGAAACAUUUCUUGUGCCUGGAAAAGAAAAUCAAGCAUAUAGAGACAAGACAUGCAGAAAGAGAGCAAGAAAUUCGAAAGGCAUCCCAACUGACACAACAUAUUACUGAAGCAAGGCAAACCCACGAGGUUGAGAAGUGGCGACGACUGGCACAACGGAAGAAUCAAGAACUGGAGAAAUUUCGAGUGGAAUUGGAUUCAAUAUUAGAUGUUUUACGUGAACUGCAGAAACAAGGGGUUGUUAUUCCUGCACCUAAUUCCAGUAGAUUCAGCAUGACAGUUGUUGGAAGACCUAAUUAG